CAUCCUCCGGGAGAACUUCUCGCGCUCUGAGAGGACGCAGGUGUCGCGCGCGCGUGCGUGCGGGGAGUAACAUUAGAGAGGUAACUUUCAAACGGUCCCGUUUUCUUUUACAUACUUGUGGAUUGUGACUUUGUGAGAUGUUUUCAUGACUCGCGUCUUAUAAAGCAGCUGUAAACAUUUCAAACAAACAGUUGAGGUCAAUCAAUGACUUUUUUACCUAUACGGACGAUAUGCUGGCUUGCUUCUGACUGAUACUGAAAAGAUUUUUAAAAAUGCCUCGGCCAGGCAAGAACUCCUACAGUGACCAGAAGCCUCCAUACUCGUACAUCUCUCUGACCGCCAUGGCCAUUCAGAGCUCCUCUGAGAAGAUGCUCCCCCUCAGCGACAUCUACAAAUUCAUCAUGGACCGUUUCCCGUAUUACUGUGAGAACACUCAACGCUGGCAGAACUCGCUCCGGCACAACCUUUCCUUCAACGACUGCUUCAUUAAGAUCCCCCGGCGGCCUGACCAGCCAGGAAAGGGCAGCUUCUGGGCCCUGCAUCCGGACUGUGGAGACAUGUUCGAGAACGGCAGCUUCCUGCGCCGCCGCAAGCGCUUCAAGCUCCUCCGGGUGGAGCAUUCGGCUUGCAAGAGCGGCCCCGUGCUGCACUCCUACCACUCUCAUGCCCAGCCUGCUUUGCACCAAUCCCACCACCAUUCGGGCAAGCUGGCCGUGGGUCACCCGGAGUACUUGGGCACCAUGGGCCGGCUCUCCCACUUCCAGAGCUACACGCUUGGCGGCGGGCAGAGCGGCAGCUUCAAACACCCAUUCGCCAUUGAGAGCCUGAUUGGCCGAGACUAUAAAGGAGUGAUGGCCAGCGGGUUGCCCAUUGCCUCGGUCAUGCAUCACCUCGGGUAUCCCGUGCCCGCUCAACUGGGCAGCAUGGUCAACUCCGUGUGGCCACAUGUGGGCAUGCUUUCUGAGCCGGUGUCAUCAGACUACCCACCGUUCAAUGUGGCGGUCAAGGGGCUGUACCAUCAUCACCCGGGAACCCAAAGCAUGCCUGCUGUGCCCAUGCCCAUCAAACCCACUCCGACCCUGGGCGCAGUCCCGUCCUUGACUGGCAUGACGCCGGGAGUAAUGCAGCUGUGCCCAAGAACGGCGGCUCUGAUGGAGAGAAAUGCAACAGCUCUUGUCGAGGAGAAAAGCGGGUCUCUCCAUCCUGCUCUCCUGCAGUCCUGAGCCAAACACUGAAGAUUCAGACACGAGGGUACACAUAGUAUGUUUUGGGGACGGCUGUAGACUGAUUUGAGAUGACAGCCUUUUCCAGAAGAUCUGUUA